AUGAGCUUCGUCCAACGCCUCAUAAAGCACUUGCCUUCGGUGCCUUCUGCAUCCAUAUCGGAAGAUUGGAAGCAUGAGAAGCCUCGGUCUCAGUCGAAGUUAUCUUUCUUUCGAAGGCGCAUUCGUUUAAAGGGAAAUUCCUCCAUAUCCAUACCACUGGGUUUUCUGCUUCUUUUCCCCAGUCUGGUGGUUGUAUUAAUUCUCAUCCUCGUCAUUAAACACCCCAAUUCCACCGGACGUAUACUGGUUCCAGCGGGAACCCCUCCUUCCAUUCGCAAAAUCAACGAAAGAUACGAUCGUGUGUUCGCCACUGGAUGCCAGAACCCAGAUAUUGCCGCAAAAGAACCCCGGGCCAAUGCUGCGUUUGUCGUGCUUGCCAGAAAUAAAGAGCUGGACGGCGUCAUCCAAUCAAUAAAAAGCAUCGAGCGCCACUUUAACCGUUGGUUCAACUAUCCAUAUGUCUUUCUCAAUGACGGCGAGUUUGAGCAAGAUUUUAAAGAUACAAUCACGAACUACACAAGCGCCCCGGUGGAGUUUGGAAAGAUUGACGCAACAAUGUGGGGCUAUCCAGACUGGGUCGAUCACGAAGUUGCAAGGGAAGGUAUUCGAAAGCAGGGAGAUGCUGCCAUCAUGUACGGUGGAAUGGAGAGCUAUCACCACAUGUGCCGCUUCUACUCCGGGUUUUUUUACAAGCACGAGCUCUUGGACAAAUACGAAUGGUACUGGAGACUUGAACCCGAGAUCAAGUAUUUCUGCGAUAUCACGUAUGAUCCAUUCAUUGAGAUGGCCAAGGCCAACAAGACAUACGGCUUCACUAUCGCCGUCAAAGAGUUGAAAGAAACAGUGCCCAACAUCUUCAGAUACGCGUCCGCAUACAAGCGUAAGAACAACAUCAGCUCCCAGGGACUGUGGGAGAUGUUUGUAGAGAAGGAACCUGAGAAGAAGGUAACCCCGGAAGAGAGAAGGGCAAAGACUCUACCAAACGAAAUCCUGCAGACCGAGCCCGGUCAUCAAAACAUCGAGGAUAUUGACCCCGAGUCGAUGGAGGGAGAGAAGUACAACAUGUGCCAUUUCUGGAGUAAUUUCGAAAUUGCUCGACUUGACUGGUUUAGAAGUCGAGAGUAUAACGAGUUUUUCGAGAUGAUGGAUAAGAGCGGAGGCUUCUGGAUGGAGAGAUGGGGAGAUGCUCCCAUUCAUUCGCUUGCCGCCGGUGCACUUUUGUCACCUCGCGAUAUCCACUACUUCCGUGACUUUGGCUAUCGGCACACGACCAUCCAGCACUGUCCUGCGAACGCCCCAGCGAGGCAGCUUCCGCGUAUUCCCUGGCUUGAGAAGACAACCCAAGAUGAGAAAGAGCGGAUCGAGGAGGACGAGUACUGGGCAACUCCGGACGUUCCCAAGGAGAAUGGAGUUGGCUGCCGGUGUCGGUGUGACACUGACAUCAGAGAUGUGGAAGGGAAGGAAGGAAGCUGCUUGGCUGAGUGGGUUGAGGUCGCUGGCGGAUGGUCAUCACCUUGA